AUGAAAGUCGUUGAUGUGAACGACGACGAUGAUGACUCGAAAGACGUUCUUCUUCUCAUUCUAUGUGCUGUCUUCAUUCAGGGCGUGGGCCCAUUUCUACGGCGCCAACUUCCAUUACCUUUAAAAACAAAACUCUUUUGGCACGUCAGAGUACCUUUAAAUUUCUUUGCAAUUAUCAUAUUCACCCUCCCUCUCUCCUCUGUACCCUUCUCUCUCUACUUCUCACCCUCUCUCUAUGCCUUCUCAUUUAUUUAUUGCUACCUUUUGUUUCAUUCGUAUCACUUUGUUUUAAACUUUAAUGACAUCUCUUUCGCUAUCUCUCUCACUCUAUCUAUCUAUACCACUCUGUUUGCAUCUAUCUAUCUAUCUAUCUAUCUAUCUAUCUAUCUAUCUAUCUAUCUAUCCUAUUUUGUUUCUAUCUAUCUAUCUAUCUAUCUAUCUAUCUCAUUCUGUUUGUCAUCUUCUCUUAAUUAA